UGAUCAGCUGUGGUAUCAUAAUAAAGCGAAAAAAUAAUAAAAGAAAGUGAAAACAGUCGCUACGUUCCCGUGAGAGACGCCAAAAAAUCACUUUGUUCGCAUCCGCUGUGCAUCAGAAACGCGCAAAACGCAUUUCGCGCACUCAAAAUCGCAAGCACUCGACACGAAAUACGUAAAAAUUGCCGAAGAACAUCGAAAAAUAUGAACCACGUCACGUCCCUUUACAACAUUUCCUUGCAAACAAUAUGUCACAACAUAAAAUUACUGCAAUCAACUUGCCUCAAGUCUUUGCCUCCAACAGUAUUAAUCGAUUUGUAUGAAAUGAUGACGGAAGAGGAAUUGUGGGAUGCACUUUUUACGGAAAUGACGGAUUUGGAAUGUCUCGUAAGGAUUUUGCGUUUUGGAUCGAAUAACCGACAAAAACUCGUGAAAGUUGUUUGUCGUUUAAUGGAAAAAUUGAACAUUUGUACAACUUUGAGCUGGUUAUUUGAGGAUUUCGAGAAGAAAAACGCAAAAAACUUUCGCACAGUGGUUGACUAUGGCAUCUUGAUAGGCGGACUUUUGUCGGAAUCUGGAUGGUUAAGUGACGCCAUGAAUAUUUUGAGUAAGACUUUUAGCAAAGUGAAAUUAUUACUCACCACAAACGCGUCUUACGAAACAAACUUGCUUGCCCUGAGUUGCGCCCAAAAGUUGCUCUAUGUCCAAUCAACAGCAUGUUGCUUCACGGAAGCUGCCAUCACAACGAGCGACACCCUCGAGAUUAUCAGUCGCGUCGUGAGCAACGAACAAAUAAAAGUUCCCUCCGCCCUCAUUGCCAGUUUUUACACGCAAAUGUCCGUACUGCACUACCAUCGGAGCGAAUACACGCUCAGCUACGAGUGGAGUUGUCGUGCCCUCAAGUAUCUCGAGGAAAACUCACCCGACAAAAUUGUCAUCGACGUAUUACGACAAGCGGCAAAAGCCUGCGUCGUCAAACGGAAAUUCCAGUGCGCCAAUUUGCUGAUAAAACAGGCAGUGGCUCGAGCCCGUGUCGUUUUCGGCGAAACGCAUCUCGCCUAUUCCGACGCCCUCAUGGAUUACGGCUUUUUCCUCCUCAACUCUGACAGCGUGUCACAAAGCGUCAAAAUCUAUAGACAAGCACUCGAGAUAAAAGUUCAGAUUUUGGGAACGAAAAAUAUUUUUGUGGCAAUCGCGCAUGAGGAUCUCGCGUACGCCCUUUACGUGCUCGAGUACAAUAACGGAAGAUUCGAUGCGCCACUGUCACACAUCUCGAUUUGCAUCAACAUCAUGGCGGAUCUUGUGAAGGACAACCAACUCAUGCAAGCAUCCGCGAAACGCGUCAAAGCCCUCAUUUUGGAGGAAAUUGCCCUGGAUUCGAUGCCGCCAUUUCCCAAUUCGCUCGAUCGCAAGAUGCAACCGAUGUUGCGGGAAUCGGAGCAAUUGCAUCUCGCGGCACUGAGUUUGUCGCUCGAAACGUUCGGCAAAAAUAACGUGCAAACGGCGAAGCAUUACGGGAAUCUGGGACGUCUUUACCAAAGCAUGAAUCAGUACGAAAAGGCGGAAAAGAUGCACAAGAAAGCCAUCAAGAUCAAAAGUGAUUUGCUUGGAUGCUACGAUUACGAAGUUGGACUCUCAAUUGGUCAUUUGGCAUCUCUGUAUAACUUUCACAUGGAUAAAUAUGACGAAGCCGAAGAACUUUAUCUCAAAAGUAUUCAAAUAAAUCUGAAAUUAUUCGGCAAAGCGUACUCAGGACUGGAAUAUGAUUAUCGAGGAUUGAUGCACAUUUAUGAAGUCACCUCGGAUUUUGAAAAAUGGAACAAAUACAAUGAAAUUAUGGAGAAUUGGAAGGCUUUGAGAAUCGAGGUCGAUGGCAGCCAAAAACCACUUUACGAUGAUGUCGACGAAGAUCGUUCAUUGGAAGAAUUAACUAGAAAAUUUUUUGAAUUGUCUAAGAAUGAAGAAAACGUUGAGCUGGCCUAAUUUAGUUUUCUUUUUGAAUUAAAAGAACAGAUGAAAUAGUGCAAAUAAAGAAAUCUUUGUAUCAACUCUCAAUUAAUAAAAAAAAAGAUAUUUUUUCUCGUC